UAGAGCACACACAGGGUGUUUAGUGCAGUGCGCACUAGAUAAACAAACUUCUAAGCCAGUUUUUUGAAUAAAAAAUUAUACCUAUGAGAGUCUAAUCAUUAGUAAAAUAAUUGGCUUAAACAAGAAGUUUUGGAAGCUUCAGGAACAUGGAACAAAUGUGUCGAGUUUGCUUAAAAAGAUCGGAAGACUUGAUCAACAUUUUUGAUGCCAGGCGAAAAACCAGAGUUUCCAUUGCCGAGAUGAUCGCGCAAUGUACCGGGUUUGCAGUCAGUCGAGGAGAUCUAUACCCGGAAACCAUAUGUCCGCCUUGUUUGGAGGAUGCAAAAAAAGCAUUUGAAAUAAGACAAACCUACGAGAGAAGCCACCAAUUCUUUUGUCAAGUCCGUGACGAAGGAAUUGAAGAGGCACUAUGCACUUUGCUUGAAGAAGAGGACUGGGAUUUUUCGGAAGAUGGAGAUGCAUGGAAUGAAGCCGCUUCCGAUGACAAUGAUGACAAUAUUGAUGAUGAGGAAAUCGAUAGGAACCGGGUUUUAUUUGAAUGUCGUGAAUGCCCGAAGAGAUACCAGAGAAAGGGCUCCUGGUUAAGACACAUGAGAACCCACUUGGAUGGAGAAUCCUUUCCAUGCACCUAUUGCUCGCAAAACUUUAAAUUUAGGGUCACGCUUAAAGCGCACAUUAAAACCCACGAUAGAGCGAAGCCGUACGAAUGUUCUCAUUGCUCUAAGACUUUUGCCCAGCAGUCCACAUUGCAGUCACACGUAAGGACACACACUGGCGAAAGACCGUUCAACUGUUCCCAGUGUAAGAAGACUUUUAUGAAAUCCUCGGAUCUUCAGCGGCACAUUCGCACGCAUGAAGGACAGCGGCCGUACAAGUGUCCAAAUUGCACGAAAACCUUUACAAGGAAAUUUCACCUUACCGAACACCUUCGCUCCCACACUGGAGAACGCCCGUACCAUUGCUCCCAGUGUUCAAAAUCAUUUGCCUCAAAGCAGCACCUCAAAGAUCAUACCCUCACUCAUUCGGAUAAACGCCCUUUUAAGUGUUCCCAGUGCUCCAAGUCCUUUGGUCUCAGGAGCACACUCCAGGAACACAAGUUUGUGCACAGUACAACACGAACAUUCAAGUGUACCCAAUGUAGUGGCUCCUUUAAGCAAAGAAGGACGCUUCUUAGGCAUAUUCAGCAGGUUCACAAAUCAGAUUCAGAUUAAAU